AUGCCGUCAGUCUCCGGUCGGGUCGUCUGUGUUACCGGUGCCGGAGGCUUCAUCGCCUCUUGGCUCGUUAAACUUCUUUUGGAAAAAGGCUACACUGUUAGGGGAACUGUAAGAAAUCCUGAUGAUCCAAAGAAUUGUCAUUUGAGAGAACUUGAAGGAGCAAAAGAGAGGCUAACACUAUGCAGAGGUGAUCUUCUUGAUUAUCAGAGUUUGCGUGAAGCAAUCAAUGGCUGUGACGGAGUUUUCCACACAGCUUCACCAGUUACUGAUGAUCCAGAACAAAUGGUGGAGCCAGCAGUAAUUGGUACUAAGAAUGUGAUAACAGCAGCAGCAGAGGCCAAUGUAAGACGCGUUGUGUUUACUUCCUCAAUUGGAGCUGUGUACAUGGACCCAAGCAGAGACCCUGAAAAAGUGGUUGACGAGACUUGCUGGAGCGAUCCUGAUUUUUGCAAGAACACUAAGAAUUGGUAUUGUUAUGGUAAGAUGGUGGCAGAACAAGCAGCGUGGGAUGAGGCGAGGGAGAAAGGAGUUGAUUUAGUCGCGAUAAAUCCAGUGUUGGUGCUUGGACCAUUGCUACAAAAUACUGUGAAUGCUAGUGUUCUUCAUAUCCUCAAGUACCUUACUGGCUCAGCUAAAACAUAUGCUAAUUCAGUUCAAGCAUAUGUACAUGUUAAGGAUGUGGCUUUAGCUCACAUACUUCUCUAUGAAACUCCUUCAGCAUCAGGACGUUACCUCUGUGCUGAGAGUGUGCUUCAUCGUGGUGACAUCGUUGAAAUUCUAGCCAAAUUCUUCCCUGAAUAUCCCAUCCCCACAAAGUGUUCGGAUGUGACGAAGCCAAGGGUAAAACCAUACAAAUUCUCAAACCAAAAAUUGAAGGAUUUGGGGAUGGAAUUUACACCAGUGAAACAAUGCUUAUAUGAGACAGUGAAGAGUCUACAAGAGAAAGGUCACCUUCCAAUUCCAACUCAAAAGGACGAAAUUAUUCGAAUUCAGACUUAG